AUGGGAGGCCCGGCCCCGUUGCCGCCCUUUCAGGCCCCUCACGGCCCCUUCGCGGCCCCGUCGCCGCCCUUCCGCGGCCCCGUCGUCGCUCUUCAUCGGCCCCGUCGCCGCCCUUUCAGCGGCCCCGUCGCCGCCCUUUCAACGGCGCCGUCGCCGCCCACCCUUUCAACGGCCCCGUCCCCACCCUUUCAGCGGCCCCGUCGCCGCCCUUCUGCGUCGCCGCUCUUCAUCGGCCCCAUCGUCGCCGCCAGCGGCCCCGUCGCCGCCUCCAUCGGCCCCGUCGCCGCCACCAGCGGCCCCGUCGCCACCGCCAGCGGCCCCGUCGCCGCCACUUGCAGCCCCGACCCCGCCCCGGCCAUGCCCCGUCGCCAGCCGCGGCACACUGGGGGCACGUGCACCGCCCCCCCCCCCCUUUUCCCGUCGUCCGUCGCGGCUCCUUCGGGGGCCGCACGCAACCCACUCAGGUCGCCUCAACAGGUGACGGGAGGGGCGACCUGGAAGGGGGGGGCAAACGUCGCCCCCUUUGCCGCCUGCUUUGGCGCCCUGGGAGGCCGGGAGGGGGAGCAGAGGAAGCCGGACAAGGAGGAGGGCUCGAGCUCUGACCGCGACAAGGAUGCCUCUGUGAACACGAUGCAGGGUCUAGGUGCUAAGAAUGCGCAGGAGGAGGCCGACGAGGCAAAGGGACAGGGUCGCGGACAGGACGAAGGGGAUGCUGCGGAUGAUGACCAGCGCGGUGAUUUGGAGCUGGAGGGUUCGGAAGAACUGGAGGGGGAAGAGGGCGACGAAGAGGAUGAGGAAGAGGAGGAAGAGGUGGAGGAGAUCGCGACCAACAAUGCCGGGUGGGCGGCGAGCGUGGUCGCGGGUGCAGGGAAGAGUAUUCGCGGUCUACAUGUUGUGCUGUCCCCCCGUCACGGUAGCGCGACCCCGUGGACAGAGUAUGCGGGCAAGAGUCCGGUCGCGGGCAAGCGUAAACACUCGGAGCUGGUGAAGAUGGAUCCUGCUAAGCUGGCCGUGGAGAUCCUCCGCCUGGACGAGCAGGUGAAAAAUCAAAAGCGCAAGCUGAACGAGAUCGUGUCCGCAAAGCCCAGCAUAGAACACGCAGUGAACACGGAACGGACGACACACAGGGAAGCCAAGCUGGUCGAGAAGGACAGGGCGGAGAAUCGCGACAUGCGGGAGGUGUUGAAACGCGCGGCUGUCCACUUGGAAGAUUGCACGGCUAGCAUGAAGGGGGUGGUUGUGGACUCCAUGGAGAAUGCAGAGAAGAAGCUGACAGACGAGGUCGCCCGUAAGAUUGACGGCGCGUCAUCCAACAUUGCGGGAACCGCUGAGAAAGCGAUACACACAAGCGGCGUCACCAACGCUCUCAACAUCGUCAUCGCGAUGCUUUCCGGGCGUGACGCACCGCGACAGGUCACAGAUGGGACGCAGGGAAAGGUGUCUGACGAGGUCGCAGAGAAAGAGGCAGGGAAGAGGGUCGCGGAGAAAGAUACGGUGAAGAGGGAGACAGGGAAGAAGGCCGCUGACAAGGAGACAGGGAAGAAGGCCGCGGACAAGGAGACAGGUAAGAGGGUCGCGGACAAGGACACAGGGAAGGGUGAGAGCAGCACGGGAGGGAAGCGGCAGAAAGGUCCUAUGGCGACUAGCGUCAGUGAUCUCCUUAAGAUGGGAGGCGCGGUCGUCGUGUGUGCAACGGCAACCACCAGGAUGGAUGCGGCUGCGGGACCACCGCCUGCCCCCUCGGCGGUCGAAGCUGGUAAAGGCAAGGACAAGGUCGAGGACGCCCCGCCAAACACCACCCCCACUACCACUGCCAACACGACCGAGAUAGUGCCCGCAGCUGGUAACACCGCCGCGGUCGCGGAUGGACAGCCUGGACCCAACUCCAUCGCCCCUGCAUUCCCCCCAUCUGCAGAUGUGAAGGUGAAGAAUCAGGGCCGCGGUGGUUGUAAGCCGCCUCCGGCCGCGUUGAAGGCGGAUCGCGAGGACGAAAACGACUCGGACGCGGACGAUGAGGUUGAGCUGGUGCUGCAGAGGUUCAUGGGGCCAAGCGACAACAGCGGCACUAGCGGCAAGCGCAAGGGCUGUGGUAUCCGCCCUCCUCCCAGGGGUGGAGAGGGGAUGGUGGGCAAACCGUGA